AUGCAGGAGGAACACGGCGUCCAUGUGCGCAGACUCUCUCUUUGCCUGCUGUUGCUGCUGCUGCUGCUUCUGUCCCAGCAGGUGAGUCCCGCCUAAACGGGGGUACGUGCCUCCCCGGUGCAGAGUCCGUGUUCGGCGCACAAGAGGUUAGCCCGCAUGAGCCCGCUGUGGAGGAUCAUGAACAGCAAACCUUUUGGUGCUUUUUGCCAGAACAACUACGAAUGCGCCACUGGACUGUGCAGGGCGGGACACUGCUCCACCCACCAGCGCCCACCCUCGGAGCCCCUCUACGACUAG